AUGCUUACGCGUUCAAAAGCCCGUGCCAAAAAUAUUAAUGUUGACGAAAUUAACCAAAUCUCGGUUACUCAGCGAGAACAAAGUUUAGUAAACCCGACUACAAUACAGCAGCAGCAAACUUAUGCUACUGAUAACAAUAAUGAUACCGCGAGUCUAAUUCCAGUAGUACAAAUUGAAAUACGAAAUAUCGAAAAUAUUGAUAUUGAUAGUACCCCCUUAGUUGAAAUUGACACAACGGAAACGAAAAAAGAUGCUUCCACCGUUGUUUCUAAUGAUACCGCGAGUCUAAUUCCAGUAGUACAAAUUGAAAUACGAAAUAUCGAAAAUAUUGAUAUUGAUAAUACUUUA